AUGCCAAAGCGAGGAGGCAACCAAGGAGGAGGAGGACGAGGUGGCGGCCGUGGAGGCGGGCCCUCCAACAAGCCGCGAGGAGGCAGAGGAGGCGGUAGGGGCGGCGGUCGAGGAGGUUAUGGUGGAUUCCAACCCCAGCAGCAGAACUUUGACUACCAAUACGACAGCGACGACGACCUCCUCACUCUCGUCGGCAGAAACCAUCAACAGCGACAGAGGGCAACAGAAGAGGAUAUCUAUCGACGCAUCCAGGAGGCCAAGGAAGGCCGAUCAAGCGCCAGUCCUUCUCGAGGUCGAGGAGGUCGAGGAGGAUCUGGAGGUGGAUUCCGUCCGCCACCACCCCCCAAGCAGAACAGCAACGGCAAGAACUCGAAGCACUUCUUUUGGCCAUACCCUGAAGACAACAACAUCAAUAACAACAACAACAACAAUCCUAGAGUCAAUCAGCAGCCGCAGUCGUCCAAUGCCAAUCGCCGUGCUAGCGGCAAGGGAGCUAACCCUCAAAUGAUGUUUAACCGAGCCACCGCCACUUCAGAUCGAUCGCUGCGCCAGAGUAACAAUGUCAACGAUCAUGAUGAUGACCCGGAUAGCGAUGAGGGUUCGGAGGAAGAUGAUAGCAGCGACGACAACAUUGACCAUGGUUGCGACUCUGACGAGGACUCGGAGGAUGAAAUUCUGAUGAAUCAAUUCGACUGGAUCGAAGAAGAUCAGCAGCAACAACAACAUCAGCAGCAGCAGCCGCAGCAGCGAGAUGGAAAAUCCGCUCAGCAGCAGCAACAACAACAACAUCGACCUCAGGAGCAUCAACGACCCGCAUUGACCAAGAAGCAGCACAGCAACAACAGCGAUCAAGCACAGCGACAAACCAUCGUCGACCUUGUUAGUGCAUCCUUCAAUUCCAUGACCCACUCGACUCCGGAUCAUGCCAUGACGCAGUCCGAAGACUUUAUCCAUGCUAUGGACUCUCAGGGCGACCUCAAGGUCGAUGCGGACAAAAUAACCGACCUUGCCCGACCAUCCUCUGUCCUCAGCUCGAUAUCCGCCCACAACAUAACCACAACCACAACCACAACUAGCAUUUCUACAAUCACGAGUUCGGCGAUCAUUGGAGCGAAUGCGGAUACGGACGAGUUUGGCGGGAUGGGAUUGGCCUCUCAGGAAGCUGGAAUUGCGACUGGAAAGGAGGAAGCCAUGCUUUGGGUCAUCGAUGCGGCACCUCCUCCGGAUGUCAUUAUCGUCACGCAGACAGACCAGGCCUUGGAGCUUUUAGUCGACGACUCGACUCAUGUUUUAUUAGAGAAGCCCAAGAAGAAGGCGCAUCGCUCCAAACGUGGUGGCCGGAAUCAGCGGGAAAAGCAGCUGAUUAAGCAGCAGUUUAUUGUGGGUCAUGACGACGACGGUCCCAUGUACCUGGAAGACCUCAGCGAUGAGGAAGAUGAGGAAGAUGAGGAUAGGCUUGCAAUGGAAGACUACCUUCAGAACUGUAUGGGCUCUGACAACUCGGACCAGCUUGACACACUGCUCGACUCAUUGAAGGGCCUGCACACUGGUGGUCAGGGCCACUCCAAGUCAGUCGGCGGCAAACUUGCGGACGAUUCCGACUAUGAACAGCAAUUGUCCGAACUCGACAGUGACGACUAUGAAGAGGACGAGUUUGACUUCGAGGAGGAUUAUGAUGAUGGUAUCAAGAAGCUGGAUUUCAGUAAGGUCAAGGAGUCGGUGAAUGACAAACGCAAGAACCGAAAGGCGGACGACUUGUUGAGGGAGGAGCUUAGGGAUUUGAUGCCCCUGUGGAGAUCGGGUGCCUUGGAGGAUGGCGAUGGUUCGUAUAGACCCUUCAAGCCCCGCGCUAAGGGGUAUGCGGUCUAUGAUGAUUCUGACGAGGAGUUCAUGAUGGGUGGUGGUGGAGGCAAGAAGAACAAGAACAAGAACAAGAAGGAGCCCCAUGGCGGCAGCUUCGACACCCUUCUUGACAUCAACCGUCAAAUCGAGGACUUUGUGAGGGACAGGACGAUUGACAGUUUGCAGCUGCCCCCGAUGCCCAAACCCUUGCGCCGCAAGGUGCACCUCCUCUGCAACCACUACAGCCUGAAAUCUCAGAGCGUCGGAUCUGGCAAGCGCCGAUUCCCAAUCUUGAUCAAGACGGACAGGACAAAGAUGCCCCUUAACCCCGUCAAUGUCAACAAGCUGUUGAACCAGUCUGAGAAGGAGCUCACUUUGCUCUCUGCCCAGUUCCAGGGGAGCCGCAAGGGCGGCAACAACAACUUUGGCAGCAACAAUUUUGGCGGCAAAGGCGGCAAAAAGGGUGGGAAUGGUGGAGGUGGAGGUGGUUUUUCGAAGGGCAAGAGCAAGAAUGGCGGUGGUGGUGGGUCGAUGGCGGCUCCUCAUGGAACUGUUGUUGGCGCCUCUGCCUCUGCCAUCUCUGUCGAGAACCUUGGUCACCGCAUGCUAUCCAAGAUGGGAUGGAUGCCGGGUGUUGGACUGGGUGCGUCGGGUGAUGGUAUCACCCAACCCAUUGAGGCCAUCGUCCGUACCAAGAACCGUGGUCUCGGACACGAAUAG